CCAAGAAAAAAAAAAAUACUAGACGUACACUCUUGCCGUCUUACUCUAAACACUAACCAGAUUUAAAUCCCAAAAUCGAGAAAGAAAAACUCAGAAAAGCGAAAAAAAAGCUUCCACAUUUCAGCUCUCUCUAAUCUCCUAAUACUAAUAGCCUCCAUAUCUACUGAUUUGAAACCCUAACGUUUGGGUCCAAGCCACUUCGGAUUUGGAUGUGAUAUCUUUCGCUUUCUACCUCUACCACCAACAUUUCUCUGUCGCUGCUUUUGUAUGUUACUGAUUUGAGAGACAAGUUGUUGGAUCGGAAAUGGCGGAUGUUUCCGGUGAUGCGGCUGAUGGGGGAUGUUCGCCGGCGGUCACGGCGCUGCAGCCGGCCUUGACAGUGUCCGCCUCAUUCAAGGAGAGUGGAGGAGGGAAGGGCUCGUCUCGGCGACGAUCCGUCAGGCCCAGCUUCGACGCUGAUAAUGAGUUCAUUACAUUGCUGCACGGCUCGGAUCCGGUCAAGGUGGAGCUCAAUCGCUUGGAGAAUGAAGUUAGAGAUAAAGACCGAGAGUUAGGGGAAGCGCAAGCUGAGAUCAAGGCCUUGAAGUUGUCUGAAAGACUUAGAGAGAAGGCUGUUGAAGAGCUUACUGAAGAGCUUUCUAAGGUGGAGGGGAAGCUCAAGUUAACAGAAUCUCUUCUUGAAACUAAGAAUCUUGAGAUCAAGAAACUCAAUGAUGAGAAGAAGGCCUCCAUGGCAGCUCAGUUUGCAGCUGAAGCCACUCUUCGAAGGGUUCAUGCUGCUCAAAAGGAUGAUGACAUGCCACCAAUUGAAGCAAUUCUUGCCCCUCUGGAAGCUGAGUUAAAGCUUGCUCGGCAAGAGAUCGCUAAGCUUCAAGAUGAUAAUAAAGCACUAGAUCGUCUGACUAAAUCGAAAGAAGCAGCUCUACUUGAAGCUGAGAGGACUGUUCAGGUUGCCUUGGCUAAAGCUUCUAUGGUGGAUGAUCUCCAAAAUAAGAACCAAGAAUUAAUGAAACAGAUAGAAAUUUGCCAGGAAGAAAACAAAAUUUUGGACAAAAUGCAUCGCCAAAAGGUUGCAGAGGUAGAGAAGCUUACCCAGACUGUUCGAGAGCUGGAAGAGGCUGUUCUUGCUGGUGGUGCAGCCGCAAAUGCAGUUAGGGAUUACCAGCGGAAAGUUCAGGAGAUGAAUGAGGAGCGGAAAACUCUUGAUCGAGAGCUGGCCCGUGCAAAGGUAACAGCUAAUAGAGUGGCUGUAGUUGUGGCAAACGAGUGGAAAGAUGCUAAUGACAAAGUGAUGCCUGUAAAGCAAUGGCUUGAAGAACGGAGGUUCUUGCAGGGAGAAAUGCAGCAACUUCGGGACAAGCUUGCUAUAGCAGAGCGAACAGCAAAGUCUGAAGCACAGCUGAAAGAGAAAUAUCACUUACGGCUCAAAGUUCUAGAAGAAAGUUUGAGAGGAUCUUCGAACAGUAGUCGCAGCACAUCAGAGGGAAGAUGCAUAAGCAAUGGGCCCUCUAGACGUCAAUCGCUCGGUGGUGCUGAGAACUUCUCAAAGCUUACUUCGAAUGGCUUUUUAUCCAAGAGAACACCAACCUCUGGAUUGAGAUCUUUGUCCUCUAGUACAAGUACAGUGUUGAAGCAUGCUAAAGGAACAUCUAAAUCAUUUGAUGGAGGCAUGCGAUCAUUAGACAGGGCUAAAGUGCUCUUAAACGGGGCUGGCACAAAUAAUUCAUUCAACCAGCCUUCUGAAGAAAUGAAGGAAGAUGAGACUCCUAACAGUGACAAACCUAAUGAGUUCCAGCCAGCUGAUAUAGAAGAUAGUGUUCCAGGGGUUUUAUAUGAUUUGCUGCAGAAGGAGGUUAUAGCUUUGAGGAAAACUGGUCAUGAAAAAGAUCAAAGCCUCAAAGAUAAGGAUGAUGCUAUUGAGAUGCUGGCAAAGAAGGUAGAAACAUUGACUAAGGCAAUGGAGGUUGAGGCUAAAAAGAUGAGAAGGGAAGUAGCUGCAAUGGAGAAGGAGGUUGCUGCCAUGCGCGUGGAGAAAGAACAUGAGAACAGGGCCAAACGAUUUGGUAACUCAAAGGGUCCUGUUAGCACCGCUCAGCUGCUUUCUGGAAGAAAUGCUGGUCGUGGUGGAUUAACCCGCAGCACUCAAUGACAACAAAAUUUCAAUAGCGACAGCCGGAGUAAAUUUGCAUAGAUCUCUUUGGUCCACUUUUAUUUUAAUUUUCUUUUAUUUCUUUCAUGAUUGAUUAUAAGAUUGUAACAUGCAUGCCGACGUCCAUUUUGAUCACUGAGUUUGGUGGAGAAAAGGAAUCAGGGAAAAAGAAGUGAUCAGAGGAAAAAUUCGGUAUGCCUUUGGCAUAGACUAUUAUUCCUCUGCUUAGACAUCAGUGAUAAAAGAUUAAGGAAUAUGUUGACAGUGCGCUAACCUUUUUGUCAGGUUUUAUUGAAUGGCCAGCGAUGGUGUUGUUGUAUAGGAAGUAGCCUAUUGGGUUUUCCGUGUUGUCUUACCUCUUCUUUUGCAGUUUAUAUAUGUAAUUUGCAGCUAGUGUGAUCUUUACCUUUCUUGCUUGUUAAUAUUCUUGUAAUCAAUCUUCCGUGGUUUGUGAUAUAAUUCCGGAUCAAUACAUUUAGUUUCAUCUU